AGAGCGCAAUUUAAAGGUGCUGGCGGCGCCCGGAGAGAGCCCCGCGCGCUCCGACCCAGGCAGCGUCUCCGCCGCCGCCUCUGCGCACCGCCCAGCGGGGCCCCAGGAGCCGGCGAGGGGAUGCCCCCGAAGCCCCCCAGCAGCACCGGAGGCGGCCCGGCGUCGACCCCGGCCUGACUCCUGUCGCUCUGCCCUGCACCCCCCGCCCCGCCCCACUUCCCCCAGCCCGCGCGGGACGGGGCGCCUGGAUCUGCCCGGCUCUGGCUGCGCGCCGCGGGACCGGCCGCCUGCUCCUGCCUUUCUGCUCCGCCGCCUCCGGUCCCCGGCAGCUCUAUGAGUGCGGCUUUCCAGUCCUCCCUCAUGAUGAUGCAGCGCCCCUUGGGAAGCAGCACGGCCUUCAGCAUAGACUCGCUCAUAGGCAGCCCUCCCCAGCCCAGCCCGGGCCACUUCGUCUACACCGGCUACCCCAUGUUCAUGCCCUACCGGCCGGUGGUCUUGCCCCCUCCGCCCCCGCCCCCUCCGACCCUCCCUCAAGCCUCGCUGCAGCCCGCCCUGCCGCCCUCCCACCCCCACCACCAAAUCCCCAGCCUGCCCCCCGGCUUCUGCUCCAGCCUGGCCCAAGGGAUGGCUCUCACCUCCACGCUCAUGGCCACGCUGCCCAGCACCUUCUCCGCCUCCCCGCAGCACCAGGAGGCGGCCCGGAAGUUUGCCCCCCAAGCUCUCCAGGGCAACUUCGACAAGGGCGAAGGGCUCCCGCAGGAGAACGAAGAGGGGAAAUCCUUCCUGGGCAAGGAGAGCUCCCUGCUGUCAUUCGCCGCCGCAGAAGCCGUGCAGGCUUCCCUGGUAGGGGCUGGCCGGGCUCAGGCCAAAGAUGAUUCCAAAGCGGAAGACGACUCUAAAGGCAAAGAGGAAAGUUUCUCGAUGGACAGCGAUCUAGAUUAUAGCUCUGAUGACAAUAUCACAAGCCAAGCCGCUCAUAAAGAAGAGGACUCUGGCAACGCACUAGAAGAAAACACCCAGAGCACAAAUAACUCAAACACCACCACAUCCACUGGCAAAAACAGGCGUAGGAGAACAGCCUUUACCAGCGAGCAGCUGUUAGAGUUGGAAAAGGAAUUUCAUUGCAAAAAGUACCUGUCUCUGACAGAGAGAUCCCAGAUCGCUCACGCCCUCAAACUCAGUGAAGUGCAGGUCAAAAUCUGGUUCCAGAACAGAAGAGCCAAGUGGAAAAGGGUGAAAGCCGGCAAUGCCAACUCGAAAACAGGAGAACCAUCCAGAAACCCCAAGAUUGUGGUACCCAUCCCCGUCCAUGUCAGCAGAUUUGCCAUCAGAAGUCAGCACCAGCAGCUGGAACAAGCCAGACCCUGAUACAUUUUCCACUACCCCUCCCCGCCCCCCCAUCCAAAAGUUUUGAUCAAUGUUUCCAAAUCGGGUUAAAAACAAACACACACAAACUUUAAUCUGAACCUUUCGACAUAUCAAGUAAAGCAAGAAUCUAUUAAUGAGGCUUAAAACCUGUGUUUUGUUUUGGAGCGGGAAUAUCAAACCCUUGAAGAGACCUAAUAAAUAUUUAUGAUACUGUCCUACCUUGUGUAUAAAGUGCUGGAUGUCAGCUGCAGUGUUUUGACUCUUUUGGGACCCAAUAACCAGUGACAUGAAUUCUGACAUUCCAGAAGAACAACAACAAAAACUGCAAUGCCUAUUACCCAUCUUUGGGGUUUUGUUCCUUAUCAUUUUGAAAGGUAAAAAUGAAACAAAACUAAGAGGUUUGUUUUCCCUUUUUUGGGUUGGCUGAGUGGCAGACAUUUGGGUGAAUUAUUUUGUUUUAUUUUUGCCUGGCUUUCUGUCGAUUUGGUUGCAUAUUCUACUAAGCCAUGUUUGAAAAGCACGAUCCUCUCUAUUGUGUUUAAUUUAUUUCAAUGUAGCCUUUUCCUGAUAAGUUAUGAAAUUUAAAAAGAAACUCAGUCUUGUGAAUAAACAAAAUCAAAAGCGAAAAAGAAAAAACCCAACCGACUUCUGUACCGAAUUUCUUGUGUGAUAGUGGGAGCAUUUUCCCUCUUACGACAGUAUCAGUUUAGGUAUGGGUCCUCUGCUUCAUAAAGGUGAGGUUUAUUGUCAGUAGGAAACAUUUCGCAAAAUACCUAAAGUUUAACUCUGGGGGAAGGGAGAGCUUGCCACCAAGGUGCUGGCUGAGUUUAUGGAAGCGAAUUUAAUCUAUAAUAAACUGUCAACAAAACCCUGCUGAAAUGGAUGUUAUAGAAACAGGCUGGCACUGCAGAACCUAGUCCAGGAGGGAGCUGACCAGAAGGGAAUACGGUAGCCAUGCCUGUGAUUCUAGGUACCUUGAAUUGAAAAGGAUCAGACAGGUCUUCUGCCCCCUCCGUAAAUAUUCAACACACACACACCCAUGCACCGAAUUACCUGGCGCUUUAAAACCAGCCGGUACUGAAAAGUCUGUCAAUGAACUGUUCUGAUUUUACUUCUGCUCCAGUCGUGUGCAGGGUUACUGUGGAGUGUCAGACAAUGAGAGAGAUGCAGGCAGUUUACUCUUGCAAGUGGGACUGACUUUGUAUUGUUAUCUGACCUGCCGCGCUGUAUUUGAUAAACGCUCUAGGAAAUUAACAGGGCCAAGUCAGUAUCUAUUCGCUGCCUACGAUCUGUCUGAUUAGGAGGAAGAAAAACUGCAACCCCGCAACGUUGUCAGAACUGUGGAGGGUCUUUAGUGAUAUUUUAAAGCAAAGCCCCUGUUCCCCCCCAAAGUUGUCAUGAUGCCACACUAAUUGGGAUGCGCACAAUGCAAUAAUCUGUAACGACAUGAUAAAAAUGACAAUAUUCCGCUAAAAGCUCGGCCAAAAUAAACCCAUCGAAAUGGGGAAUUUUUCUUUUCCACAUGAUUAUGGGAUUAGGAGACCAGAACUUGUUUCCGCCUGGUUAUGAGCAUACACAUCAACGGUUGAAAUAUAUAUUUGAUUGUCUACUCUUCCCCCCCCCUUCUAUCGAAAGCUUGUUUGCUAACAAAAAGACUUUGAUUAUUAACAAUCAUUGAACGCUAAAUACUACCUUUCCUCCCACAGAUAUUUAAACAAAAAUAUUGUCUCUAUCACUCGCCUAUAACGCAUCUACUGUGGGCAUCAGGGACAGAGGCGACCUACAAAUAGAAAGACAGGAAUUAAAAGCGUUAAUUUGCUAAAUAAAAUUAAAAACAAACAAAAAAAGCAGCCAGCUCCUAACUGGCUGUGAAAGUGGACAAUUAAGGAGAGCUGCAA